AUGAACUCAACUCAGCUCGAUCGGACAAACAUUGCCAAUGAUCUCGGCCCGCUCUCGACCGAUAGCACCAAGCUCCUCAAUGUUUUCUUCUACAUCGACUACGUCAUCAUGCCGAUCCUCUCCGCUUCCGGCAUCAUCGGGAACAUCCUGACCCUGAUCGUUCUCUUCCAGUACGGCUUCAAGGAAUCCUUCAACGUUCUGCUGACCUCGCUAGCCAUUGCGGACUUGGUCUACUCCUUCACAGUACUUGCCAUCAGCAUGGACCACUUCGUCACAGACCAGACCAGCAGGGAACUUCUUGAAGCCGUCAUCUCCGCCCAUCUCUACCCUCUCAACGAAGUCGCCUACAACACCAGUGCGUUCAUCAUCGCGGCUUUAUCCCUUCAAAGAAUGAUCGUCGUCUGGUUUCCAUUCAAAGCCUCGUUUAUCUUUACCCCUUUUAGGACUUUAGUUAUAGUUAUCUCCAUAAACCUAGCCAUGUUUUUACUCUAUUCCCCGCGUUGUUUUCGAUGGAUUCUCCUACCUGUUGAUUCCUCAACCAAUAAAAACGACUCUAUGUACGUCGUGCAGCACGAUAUCUACUUCUACGACAAUGACUCCGACUACGUUCUCUCCAGUACGAUAAUCAAGUUCCUCAGCCUCAUGGUUAUUGCUCCUUCCAUCAUCUCCGUCUGCUCCUUCAUCACCAUCGCUAAAAUCAUCACAUCAUCCGAUAUUGUUAAAAAAAUGUCAAAAACUUUCUACCGGAAACGGUUAAACGAAACGAAAUUAGAAAUAAUGAACCUCAGUAUCUGUUCCUGUAUCGUUUUCCUGACUGUCAUCCCAACAACCAUGAACCCGGAAGUGUUUUACUUCCGAGGUCCCCGGAAAACCCCACCGUUGGCCACUCUACUUCUCUACAACGACCUAGUUCCGUUCCUCAUGCAAAUCAACGCGUCCAUACACUUUCUCAUCUACGUGACAUACAGUUCCAAGUUCUUGAAGAUUUUUCAGAGGACAAUAACGUGUGGGAUAAAUUCUUAG